AUGGAGGUGCAGUUGGAGGAGGGGGUGGUGGAGGAGGAGGUGGAGGAGGUGGAGGAGGUGGAGGAGGUGGAGGAGGUGGAGGAGGAGGCGGAGGCGGAGGCGGGAGUGGAGAUAAAGGAGGAGGUGGAGAAGACCGUGGAGAAGGUGGAGAAGGUGGAAGAGAAGGUGGAGGAGGUGGUGGAGGAGGCGGAGGCGGGGGUAGAGGUGGAGGUAGCAGUGGAGGUGGAGGAGGAGCUAGGCGCUGUGCUAGCUGUCCCCAAGGAAGCCACCCCUGAACUUUUAAUCGAGCCGGAGGGCAUUCGUGUUCGUUCCGAAGAGUCGAUUCCUUCAAGCACCGAAGCACACACUCCACCCGAAGAGAAGGUCCAAUCUCCCAAGACAACUAUCCCUGAGCGGACAAUCACCGAAGCCGUCGUUCCCGAGACUAUCGCUUUAGAGGCCAUCAUCCCGGAGACUCCCAUUCCAGAUGCUACCACUACGAAGGUUCACAUCCUACCGACACCCGUUCCAGCCUCUGAGACCACUGAGGAGGAGCCCGUCACCAUCACUAAACCUACCAUCGCCGAGACAAAUGUUGUCGCCGCCGCUCCCGAGCAAACCGUUGCUACCCCCGAGCCAGCCAUUCCAGAGGCCACAACUCCAUCCAAGUUCGACAUCGCCCGCGCCCCUUCACCACCCCCCUCCAAGACUUCCACUCCUCCCUCCACCGCGCCACGGCCAAACACAGAUCUAACCUCCUCCGUCUCCUCUAUCCCCGCGAUAGAAGAACGCCCCCGCGCCCCCCGCACCAUCACCCAAUCUCUAAUCUCCACCCCUGCCCCGACCUCUACCGUCGAGUCGGUAACCGCAUCUGCGUCCCGUUCCCCAACUAUUUGCCCGCAGUGCCCUCCUACAUCCAAGACUUUGUAUGAAAAUGGUGAUGAGCUGAAGGCGCAUAUUGACUCCGCACACGGCAAGAAUGCAAGGGACGGCAAGGAUGCUGGGAAGGAGAAGAAGGGGUUGGCGAGGGGAUUUGGAAAAAUCUGGGGAAUGGGCUUGCGGAAAUUCAAGUUGCUCGGGUAAGAUGUUUCCUUGUUCCCCCCUUUCUUUGAAUUGGAUUGGUAAUCUGGCGAAUUGGGGGUUUUAUCAUUUCGCGUUCAGUUGGUUGAGCAUCCUCAUUCCUUUUUUAUUUCCUUCUAUUCUUUUUUAUCUCUGUUUUUGCUGUUGCAUGCAUGUUACUUUGCUGUCGGGAGUUUUCAUUUUCUGUUUAGGCUCUUGUCCUUGAUUUUUGCGUUGUGUUUUUUCUUCGUGUAUGAACCUCACAUGUGUUACGGAUCAUUUAGUUAGUAAGGUAGUUGGUUAGUUUAGUCUGGUCUGGUCUGGGACGGCGCAGGAUGGUACGCUAUGGGACGGUAGUAGAAUGUGGGGUUUGGUGUUGUGUCUGGUUCGUAUAUUAAAAAUAGAUACCUUGCCUUUUUU